ACCAGCCACACACACUCUCUCUCUCUCUCUCUCUCUCUCUCUCUCUCUCUCUCUCUCUCUCUGCAAUGGCUGAGAAUCAAGAACAUGCGAAACCAAAGGAGAGGGAAAUCCCAGUAUUUACAGUCUUGAAAAACAAUUGUAUCCUCAAGAAUAUCUUUCUUUUAGAUAACCCACCUUCAACUUCUUCUCCUUCGUCUUCAUUGUCAGUGGCAGAAAAUGCCGAUCAAGAACCCGAUAUGGAAGAGACAUUGCUGGUGGGAAGACACCCCGAAUGCAAUAUAAAGUUGGAGCACCCCAGUAUCAGCAGAUUUCACCUUCGCAUUCACUCCAAUCCCUCUUCUCGUUCUCUUUGUGUCACUGAUUUGUCCUCUGUACAUGGGACUUGGAUUUCUGGAAAGAGGAUUGAGCCAGGUGUCAGGAUGAAACUAAAUGACAGUGAUACGUUGUGCCUUGGGGCAUCGAGUAGGUUGUACAGACUCAAUUGGGUUCCACUCAGCUCUGCUUAUGAUCUAGACAAGCCAUUUAUGCCUCAAUUGGACGCUGCAGACAUAAUCGAAGAAGAAGAAGAUGAAGGGGUGAUGGAUCAGGAUGAGAAUAGCUUGUCUCAUAGAAAAUAUCAUGUUCAGACUUUGAGGGACAACAUGGAAGGGCUAGAAGUGCUAUUUUCGGAUGAGGACCUAGGUUCGUCUAUUCAAGAAGUGAGUCCAAUGGCUCCUCUAGUUGCUAAAGACUUGAAUUAUUCAUUCUCCAAUGAUGAGGAAGCAGUGAACAACAGUUCACCUGGAAUAUGCAAUCAAGAAAAUGAACUCUUUAGUAGCCAGAUAUAUCAAUUUGAAAAAGAAAAUAGCACACCAAGAGCAGUGAGUACAGAGACUUCUGGGAUGAAUUCAGACAAAAAAGCAGGACUGAGCAUUUGGUCAAGGAGGGGGAAACCUGAAAGUGUAAAGAUUGAAACCAGCCGAAGCAGAGGAAACUGUGCAAGGAUUAAUAUGACCUCGCAGGUUAAAUCACUUAUCCAUGAAAAUUACAGAAGUGAAUCAAUUCUAAGUGAUCAGUGUGCUAGUCCUAAUAAUAAUGAAGAAACUUUCACUCCAGACAAGGAGAAUAUCUCUCCAAGUUCUCUUCUGGUUAGAUCCUUGAAGAGCAAAGGCAAACAAACUUUGAAAAGUGAAUCAAUCUUAAAGAUUUCUAUUUCUAGCGUGGAUCAGGAUGAAGAAGAAAUUUACACUCCAGAAAAAGAGAAUAUGACUCCAAAGAGUCUACUUAGGUCCAUGAAGAACACUGGAGAGUUAGAAGAAGCUAAACAUCCAAUGUCGUAUGGAUCAUCGCCCUUGAAGUCAACUAUUAAUAGCAACAUGUAUCAAAACGGAACCAUGCUUCCUACUUUGGAUAAAGCAGGUCAGCAUCGACAAGUUCUUCAGGAACGAAGACCUGUAAGUCAUGGCAUGUCGAAGAAACAGCUGGCUGUAUUGAAGGCUAGAGCAGAUAGGGACCCUUUUAAUCCUCUGCCUGUCAAGUCCACUAGUAACAAAAAUAAGGCCAGCUCAAAACCUUCAGUUCAUGAGGACACCAAGAGAGGUAGCAGAUUUAUCAACUAUCCUGACGCUGUACAGGUUCACCAUUCACAUAAUAAUACUAUGAAGGUGGUAGAGAACAGGUGGAUUAUUGUAGUAGAUACUGCUUGUUUCCUGAAUAAGAAGUCAAGGAAGGAAUUGCAGCUACUGCGAGGUCUUCGUGGGACUACUUUGGUUAUUCCUAGAAUUGUUGUAAGGGAACUUGAUUGCAUGCUGAGGCGUGGAAGUUUCUUCACAAGAAUGACUGAGGUUUCCGCAGCACUGCAAUGGAUUGAAGAAUGUAUGGCUGUUGCAAAAUGGUGGAUUCAUAUACAGAGUUCAGCAGACGAAUGCCAGCUUAUUCCACCAACCCCACCUGCUUCUCCCCAUUGCUCCAGUGAGGACAAGGGUGCAUUCCCUGUUGGCUCUAUUUCGUUCUCUCCAUAUAGUUUACAGGAAAUUGUCACUCCAACAACCGCAGACCAUAUCCUUGAAUGUGCCCUUUUCUUUAAACAAACCCGGAAGAAUGGACAACUUGUCCUUCUUAGUGAUGAUGUUACGCUGAAGAUCAAGGCUAUGGCAGAAGGUGUCGUUUGUGAGACUGCACAGGAGUUCCGUGCGAGUCUUGUGAACCCAUUUUCAUCGAGGUUUCUGUAUUCAGACAGUUCUCCGAUAGGACCAACUUGGUCUUGUGUUGAUGAUGUUGUGCUUAAGGAAAAAUAUUAUCCCAGCCCUUCGAAGAAGCUGCCAAAGUCUGGAGAUGGUGCAAAGGGCUUGAAGCUCAUACUGCUGCAUAAUUCCAAGUUCAGGCAGAUCAAUCCAGUCAGUCCAAACCCACUUGCUGAAAACCGCUCUAUAUAUCAAAUUUAGGAUCCAAUUAGAAUCUUGUUCACAAAUUACUUCCAAACAUGGAAUGUAGCUCAAUUUCUCAUUGCAUUUAAAGAACUGCAUUCUCCUCCAAAUGUUCACUAUUACUCUUGCUUUCGGUGUUUCUCUAUUUUUGGUGGCUGAGGCUUAAUUUCCAAUGGAAGUCCUGCUUCUACUUUUUAACUACAGUGAAAAGAUUUAAUGGCAAUGCCUUAGGUACUUGCGUAACUUAAGAUGAACCUUAAGCUCAAACAGAAAAUUGAAUGUAAGCUGGUGGUCAAUGUCAUAUCAUCAGCACAUAAAACCUCCUGUUAUUUAGAACCAUAAGCGAACAACUUCUGAUGCAGAAUUGUCGAAAACUACCAAAUAGCUCUUCACAAAUCAGUUAUACAAUCAUUUGCAUAGGUGGCUGCUUCUUGAAUACCAUGAGCGAAUACCAAAAUGAUGCAGUAUCAGGCAUGCCAGAAAACGAGUGGCAU